AUGAGCGGCAGCGCUGCCACUCAGCCUUCGUCAGGCGCUUCGGCACAAGACCCUAACCCGACCGACAGCUCAACUGCUCCUCCCGCCGCAUCCUCGCACGAGACUCAGGACAAUGAAACAAUGACAGAUAAGGUCAACCAGCAACCGUCGCUGGUCACUAUACCUUCUCGCACGUCGUCCCAUAUCAAGUCGACAGAAAAGAACCCCACUGCUCCUGCUCCGUCCACCGCAACGAAUGACACACCCUCGUUCCCCAGACGAGCUUCCAAGAGAAGUCUACUGAGUCGUAGUAGGAAUAAUAGCAGAAGCAGCAGACGAUCAGCAAAAGCCUCUCGAGCCGACGAUGCCUCUAAAGAGCCCGUCCCACCUCUGCCUCAAAGCCCAGCUUCAAAAACCAGUCAGAAAGCUCGAGGUGGUUUCCUUGCCAUCCUGAAUUGCUGUAUUCCCCACGAGCCGCCGGGCGAUAACAAAUCUGAUGAUCCCGAGGUCGCGGCGAAGAAGAUCAAGAUCCAACCCCCGCCGCAGAGAACUGUUUCCCGGCCACAAGAUGAGGUAGAAGUGGCUGAGAAUGAGAAGCCCAUUGCAGGGAAACCCUCGACUGAUCAGUCAGUAAUACCUGGACGAGCUGUAGAAGGAGAGAACCCAGCAAUAUCCGAGAAACAAGCAGCCGAGGGUUCACGACCCAGGAUAUCGCGAGAACUGGCUUACCAUGAGAAAGCCCCUCUCCCCAGUGAGACCACCGCCAUAGCGGUACGGGCAUCGGGCGGCAAGAGCGGAUUUGGGUCAGAGGGUGCUGCUAGUCAGCAGAAUAUCAAGACUUCCACUGUAUCUGCGCCCGAGAAGACAAGCAACCCAGACGUCAACAUUAUCGCGGCGACACCGAUAGAACCAGAACACCCAAGGAAAGGUCCGGAGGCCGACAGCGCGGACGCAAGUGAUGUCGACAUGGAUGAGGCCCCUCCUGCCGUCCCAGAGGUCGAUCCUGAACCAGUAGAUGAGCCGAUACAGCCUGCGGAACUUCAACCUCAGGUACCCCUACCUCCUCCGCCUCCCCUAUCUAAGCGGCAAGAGCAGGUCAGCCCCAACGACAUCCCUCCAGUCCCGGAUGCGGCUCUAGAAAAGCAGACGUGGCUUUUGCCUCCUGCCAAAGCUCCUCUGAAGGGACGAAAAUGCCUGAUUCUUGAUCUGGACGAAACUCUGGUGCACAGUAGUUUCAAGAUUCUCAACCAGGCCGAUUUCACCAUUCCUGUUGAGAUCGAAGGCCAAUAUCACAAUGUAUACGUGAUCAAACGCCCAGGAGUGGAUCAAUUCAUGAAAAGGGUGGGCGAAUUGUACGAAGUCGUCGUCUUCACAGCAUCCGUCUCGAAGUAUGGCGAUCCAUUGCUGGAUCAGCUUGAUAUUCAUAAAGUCGUACAUCACAGGUUAUUCAGAGAAAGCUGUUGCAACCAUCAAGGGAACUACGUCAAGGACCUUUCACAAGUGGGACGAGAUUUGAAGGAUACGAUCAUUAUCGACAAUUCACCCACGUCGUACAUUUUUCAUCCUCAACACGCGGUCCCGAUCAGCUCCUGGUUUUCUGACGCCCAUGAUAACGAGCUGUUGGACCUAAUUCCGGUCCUGGAGGAUCUUGCAGGCCCUCAAGUACAGGAUGUCAGUCUGGUACUGGAUGUGGCCCUGUGA